UGUAAACAAACAAUCUCAUUUAAUAUCCCAUCUAUCCUUCCAUCCAUCACUUCCAGCUCCAGCAGUGUCUAUGUAUGUGACAUAGAAAGAUAAUAAUGCAAAACUAGUACCUGCCCCCCCUCCCCUCAUUAUACAUUUAGACAUACACUCUUACUUACAUCUAUCAUUUCUCUCUUUCUAAUUCCUUCUUUCAUCCAUCACACAAAAAUACAUAAACUAACAUACAUUUUUCUUUCAAAUAUGGAAGAUAUAAAAUCCAACACAUUUUCCGACGAUUUUGACAGCGCUGUAUCUACGCCUUACGCCAGUGCUCCGUCAAGUCCAGGCCGUACACCGCCGGAUUAUUCCGACACCGACGUCGUCGGCGACGGCGGAGGAGGUUUCUUCUACAGUGCUCCGGCUAGUCCAAUGCACCAUAUGUUAUCAUCAUCUUCUUCCGUUUCCUCAAAUAACUUAGAAACCGCCGGCGGUUCAUUCGAGUUUGAGCUGACCUCCGGACCUCCGCCGUCUGGAUCUAUGUCCUCCGCCGACGAACUCUUCUUAAACGGCCAGAUCCGGCCUAUGAAACUCUCGUCUCACCUUGAACAUCCUCAGGAUCUGCCUCCAGGCGAAAAUGGCGACGUUUUGACAUCUAAUUUUAGAGAUUUUAAAUCUCGAGAUAGACGGAGAAGAGCUAGAUCUAUGUCUCCUUUAAGAUCUUCAAACACCGCUUUUCAAUGGCUUGAAAAUGGCAGAGACUCGACCGAAAUCAAUGAAAUCAAGCUGAAAUUAGCUUCAGAAGAAGACGAGGAGAAAAAAUACAUUGCCGAAACCGAAACGGAACCGUCGUCCGGCGCAUCAUCACGGUCGUCCUCCGCCGGCCGGAGCUCAAAACGAUGGGUGUUUCUGAAGGAGUUUCUUCACCGAAGCAAAUCCGAAGGCCGUAACACCACUACCAGCAACAAAAACCACAAAUUCUGGUCCACAUUAUCGUUGAGAAAACCGUCAGAUUCAAAAACCGAAGAGAUCGCCGCAACGCCUAAAUCGACAGCGAAAAAGGCGGUGAAUGGAGUAGUAGGAGCGAAUUAUAACAGGAAGGCAAGGAGAUCGGCGCACGAGAUGCAUUAUACGACGAAUCGAGCACAGGCGGAGGAGCUGAGGAGGAAGACGUACUUGCCAUAUAGACAAGGAUUGUUAGGGUGUUUAGGGUUUAGUUCAAAAGGAUAUGGAGCCAUGAAUGGAUUUGCUAGAGCUUUGAAUCCUACUGUUUCAUCAAGGUAAAAGAAGAUGGAGGAAAAUCUUCUUUUUAUAUAUAAAUAUAAAAGUUUGAUUUUGUAAUUUUUAAUUAGUAAGGAGGUUGUAUAGGGGAUUGUUUUUGAUGAUGCAAUUUUCUUUCUUAUGCAUAUUGAAUAUGAAUGUUCCAUUGUAAUCAACCAACAACCUAUAUGUAUAUAUGAUUAUUAUAUUAUAUAUAUAAAUUAUAACUAGAUUUGAUGUUA